CCCCCCUGGUUUGGGGUCCCUGAUUUGGGUCUGGGGUCCCCAGGCCAUCGCGGGGCUCAAUGGGAUGCAGCUCGGGGACAAGAAGCUGCUGGUGCAGCGAGCGAGCGUCGGCGCCAAGAACGCCACCCUGAGCACGAUCAACCAGACCCCGGUGACGCUGCAGGUUCCGGGGCUGAUGAGCUCUCAGGUGCAGAUGGGGGGUCACCCCACGGAGGUGCUGUGCCUGCUCAACAUGGUGCUGCCCGAGGAGCUGCUGGACGACGAGGAGUACGAGGAGAUCGUGGAGGACGUGCGCGACGAGUGCGGCAAGUACGGCACCGUCAAAUCCAUCGAGAUCCCGCGGCCCGUCGACGGCGUCGAGGUGCCGGGCUGUGGAAAGGUGAGAUACGGGGUUACCUGUGCCCAGGUGUGCUCAGGUGUGCUGGGAAUGGGCUGGGAGGGAACAAAUCCAUCGAGAUCCCACGGCCCGUGGACGGUGUGGAGGUGCCGGGCUGUGGAAAGGUGAGAUGUGAGGGGUUAC